CUCGAUAGCAAAGCAAAGAUGUCAUUCGGAAAGACCCUCAAGCUCAACGACGGCAACACGAUCCCCCAGAUCGGCCUCGGCACCUGGCUCUCUGAGCCCGGCCAAGUCAAGGCCGCCGUCAUCCACGCCGUCAAGACGGGCUAUCGCCACCUCGACCUCGCGCGCAUCUACAAGAACCAAGAGGAGAUUGGCGAGGCAUUCGACGAGAUCUUCUCUUCCGGUUUGGCCAAGCGCGAGGACCUCUUCAUCGUCUCGAAGCUGUGGAACAAUGCCCACAAGCCCAGCGACGUGCCCAAGGCCUACGACCACACUCUCAAGCAGCUCCACCUCGACUACCUUGACCUCUACCUGAUCCACUGGCCCGUGGCCUUCGAGCCAGCAGGCGGGGACAUCCAGUCGGACGAGAAACUCAUGCCCUCUCACCCCUCGGACUCGUCCUACGCCCACCUCGACACCACGACCACCCUCGCAGACACGUGGCAGGCAAUGGUCGACCUCAAGAAGAGCGGCAAGGUCAAGUCGGUCGGUGUCUCCAACUUCACCCCUGCCCACAUCGAGGGAGUAAUCAAGGCCACGGGCGUCGUCCCUGCCGUGAACCAGAUUGAGGCGCACCCCUUGCUCCCCCAGGAGGGACUCUACCAAUACUGCCUCGCCCGCGGCAUCCACCUGACCGCCUACUCUCCGCUGGGCAACUCGGCCAACUACCUCGCCUCCAAGUCGGGAGAGGACGCCCGCAAGUUCGACAUCCUCAACGCUCCGCAGGUGCAGGAGGUAGCCAAGAAGCUCAACGUCGAGCCCGGUCAAGUCCUCAUCGCUUGGGGUGCUCAGCGACCGGGCUUUUCCAUCAUCCCCAAGUCGGUCACUCCUGCGCGUAUUGAGAAGAACUUCCAGCAGGUCGAGCUCAGCGCCGACGACUAUGCCAAGGUGUCGAGCAGGAUUAACGAGGUGGGCGGAAAGAGGAUGAACAUCCCGUGGGAGUACACGCCCAAGUGGAACAUCAAUGUCUUUGAGGACCCUGUGGAGCAGUUGAACGCCAACAGGUACCCGAAGAUUGCGUAGGCGGGUGUGGGCGCGCGAGGGGGGAUUGCGUUCC